GAUAGUUUUAAAAUAUAAUUUCAAAAUUAAUAAAUGCGUUGAUAUUGCCGGGAUAUCGAUACUAUCGGUAGGGUAAUCUGCUGGUUUGACAGCUCUAUCAGCGUGAGUACACGAAAUGGUGUUUAUCAACUGGAAUGCACUUAAACCCGGCAGGCGGCCAUCCAUUUGAAUCGGAAGUGAAGUUGACAGAAGCGAGUCCUCUUCCCUCGAAUCUCUCCGCAUUUCUCUACACCAUUUGAUCACAUUGGUCCUGAACUAUCCAACUAUCCAUUUAGAGUCCAUACAGAUUCCGGAGUCUUUGGUACUCCUGAUUCACCGUUAUCCGAGUCCCCGAACACCACGAUGACUGACCGAAGCGACUUGGACCGCCAGAUCGCGCAACUGCAGCGCUGCGAGCUCCUCUCGGAAUUCGAAAUCAAGAUCCUGUGCGGGAGGGCUCGCGAACUCCUGUUGGAGGAGGGCAAUGUGCAGCGCGUGGACUCGCCGGUGGUCGUGUGCGGCGACAUCCAUGGCCAGUUCUACGAUCUGAAGGAGCUGUUCAGGGUGGCCGGCCAGGUGCCCGACAGGAACUACCUCUUCCUGGGCGACUUUGUGGACAGGGGCUACUUCAGCCUGGAGACGUUCCUGCUGCUCCUUGCCUUGAAGGUGCGCUACCCGGAACGCAUUGCCCUGGUCCGCGGCAACCACGAGUCCCGCCAGAUCACCCAGGUGUACGGAUUCUACGACGAGUGCAUUCGCAAGUUUGGUUCCGCAAUCAUUUGGCAGUGCUGCUCGGAUGUUUUCGACUACCUCAGCCUGGCGGCAAUCAUCGAUGGCUCGGUGUUCUGCGUCCACGGCGGACUGUCGCCGGCCAUCCAAUCUCUGGAACAGAUCCGUGUCCUUGACCGCAAGCAGGAGGUGCCGCACGACGGGCCAAUGUGCGAUAUGCUCUGGAGCGAUCCGGAGGAUCAGCUGGGCUGGGGAGUCUCGCCUCGUGGGGCUGGUUACCUCUAUGGCUCGGAUGUGGUCGAAACGUUUAACCGCGCCAACGGCCUGGACAUGAUAUGCCGCGCCCACCAGCUGGUCAUGGAGGGCUACAAGUGGCACUUCGGCAAAUCCGUCCUGACUGUGUGGUCAGCUCCUAACUACUGCUAUCGCUGCGGCAAUGUGGCUGCCGUCGUGGAGAUGGAUGAGUUCCUAGGCCGCAAAUUUAUCAUUUUCGAUGCGGCUUCAGCGGAGAAUCGAAGCCGUCCCACCAAGAAGCCACAAGCGGAGUACUUUCUCUAGGAGGAACUAUUCACUAUCUACCGACUCAACUCAUUAAAGAAAAAUCAUAGAAAACGUGAUUCGACUAUGAAACCUGCGCUUUAAUAGCUACUAAGUAAUAAGAAGAAAACUUCAGAGUCCAGUGAAUUUCUCAGGAAAAGAAGCUGUAGUAUGUAAGCAAAACUAUUAUUACCCAAAAAGAUAU